AGAACUCAAUGUCCCACUCGCCCCAGAUCACCACACCCGUCCACACCCACCCUCUCGCCCCAGACGACGCGCCCUCGCCUCGAACACGCCGCCCCGGCCCCGCGCGCGCGGGCAGCAGCGCUGUAGACGUCAAUGCGGAAUCACGACCACCAGCACCGGCGACGUACGCCUCUCUCAAGGCGCAAUCGGAACGCAUAGCCGAGGGCAACGGCAGCGGGGGUGGGGGCGACGCGCCAGCUGCGACAGGGCGCAGGCAGCCGAACUGGGAUGGGAGCGUGCGCGGGUACGGCAGGCAGCAGGCUGACGCCGGCGCUGGGACGCGCGAUGUUUCUCAAACGCGCGGUAGCGCGCCCCCGCUCUCCCAUCGCCAGUCGAACACCUCGCUCUCGGGCCUGUCUGUGCGCUCGGACUUCAGGUACUCGCCGAGACAGUACACCGCGCCGCUGUUCAUCGUCGGCGGGUCUCCCGAUCCCGCUCACGCCCAUUCCAACAACCAUAACGCGAAUCAUAACCGCACCCAUAACCACGCCCAUCUCAGCGUACCCAGCCCCAGCCCCAACGCCCACUCUCGCGGCCUACCGCCGCCCGACCUCGAGAGCGACGACCCAAGCGCGGCGGCGGCAGCGGUGCACACCCCGUUCGCAGCACAGGUCCUCGCGCACCGCUGGCACGAAUACUCCGACCCCGCCAUCCAGUCCGCCAUAUCGCGCCUCGGCGCCGCCGAGUCCCCCGCGUCGCGCGCGGACCCGCAUCCGUACCACGCGGCGCUACGAGCUCUGUCUGCGGCGCUGCACGGUGCGGUGCUCGCGCGCGCGCGGCUGGAGGAGAGCAGGAGGGCGGUGGUGGAGAGGGAGGCGGAGAGGCGCAGGCGGGCGGGGGGUGUGCUGGAUGGGAUGGCGGGUGAGGAGAGGGAGGUGGCGAGGAGGGUUGUUAGUGCGAUUUUCCCGGAUGAGGAUGAGGGUGAGGGUGAGGAGAGGGAGGGGCGGACGGUGCAGAGGCGCGAGAGCAUGUCGUCGCUACGGACGUUCCUCACCGAAGCCAUGGCGGACGACGUGCAGCUCGCGGUCAGCGCACCGUCAGACACCGCAUCCCUCACCGACGCAAAGUCCAUGUUUUCAAAGACGGACGUCCCAUUCCCCACGACAGAGGCGUCCGACUCGGCCUCGAUGCUGUCCCGCGACAACGCCUCGGGCAGCAUCACCAUGCCACCCGCGCUCACGUCCGCAUCCACUUCGAGCCUAGUGGAAACCGGCAUCUCCACUUCAGCUUCGGGCGCGGCGGACGACGCGAAGGCGAAGAAGGGCGGCGGCGACUGGAUGAGCGGGUGGUUCGGCAGGCGGGGGCCGCGGCAUUCGCAGUCGAGUCGGUCGAUAUCGACGAUUCCGAUUAAGGAGGACGACGAGAGUGGUGCUGUUGUCGGGGAUGCGGCGGCGGGCGGCCCGGAGCAGGACGACACAACGGCGUCCAGCUCUGCACCGUCCACGCGCGCCUCUGCGCGCCGAAAACCAGCGAGAAGCGUGUUCGAGGCGCUGGGUAUAUCGAUUCUGAAUCCGGCGGCGGCGUCGGGGAGUGGUGCUAGCGUGUCUAAACACGGGCGACACACCAAGUCUGUUACUGAGGCGCCCCAGACGGCGGCGGUCGUCGAGCACACCCGAAUAUCUUCGGCAUCUGCUGCGUCUUCCCCCGUCCGUGGCACUAUCGCUAUACCUGCGCCUCCAGCCGCACCGGCGCUCACGCUUGCAGACGCUAGCCCGGGCGAAGCUCCGAUUCCGAACGCUGAUCCCAGCGGCAACGCCAACGCUACCGCCGACCCGUCCUCGCUCUCCCUCGCCUCCCGCAGCAUUGCAGAACCAGAAGCCGAAGCGACAUACAACUCGCAGCCCCCCGCACAGGGCUCCGCGCUCCGCGCGAUCGUGCACGCGACGCGCGUGAUGACCGCGGACCCGAGGAGCGUGCUCGCGGACCAGGGGCGCGAUACGGGCCCGCUUGUAGCGGCGCUUGCGAUGCGGCUUGUGAAGGGUGCGCGGGACGAGCGGGUGGUGGUGAGAGAGAGGGUGAGGGCGAGGGAGGGGAGGAGGGGUGCUGAGGCGAGGGGUGGUGGUGGUUCGAAGGCGGGGGCACGGGCUGGGGCUGGGGAGAAGGAAAAGAAAUUGAAGGAGGAGCAGGGUGUUAGCCGGCUGGCUGUUGUUGGUGCUGGUGGUCACUUUGGCGGCAGGGGCGACGUGGAUGCGACGUCUGUUCUUGCGCGGACUUUGAGUGCGCAGGGCGUCGCUGCGGGCGAUGUCGUGCGCAGGACAAAGUACAGGGCGAGCGCGAUGAUCAGCUCGCCGUUCGCGUCGCCCCUGUUUGGCUCGUUUAUGCAGCAGCAGUCACGCAGGGCCGCGUCCAGCGCCGAGACUACGUCCGCGUCGAAAGCCCCAGCGGGGAACGACGCCUCGUCGUCCGCUGCCUCGGGCGGCAAGCCGAAUACAAGUACGAGUAGUGCGCCUGCACAGCCUCAGGCGAACAAGGGCGGAUCUGUGCCUCUGGAGUCCAUCAUCCCUGUUACAUCCCAGCCCCCCACCGAGUUCCUCUCGCGCCGAUACACCCCGCUCACGGCGCGCGACUUCCGCGUCUCCCUGCCUAGCUCUGUCUCGCGGUUCUACAGCUCGCGCGCGCGUUCUGGCUCCGUCGUCGGUGACGGUAAUGGGGGCGCGGGCGGGGAGAAAGACUGGGAGCCGCUGACGGACCGGUUUGGGUUUAUAUAUGAUGUGGCGCAGUAUGAUGUGCUGCUGCUUACACGCGCGAAGGCGUGCGGGAACACGGCGCCGGCGUGUUUGACGGGGGUGAAGAUCGCGGAUCGGAAGGAGAGCAACGGGUGGUCUUCGGAGGACGAGGAGGACGGUGCCGGCGCUGCUGCGCGGAUAGUGGUGCAGGUGGUGAAGGAGCGGUGCGAGUGCGAUGGGUCGGGGAGGCCGCCUGUGGACGAGGACGCGGGGAGUAUCGUGUCGACGCUGGUGUCUGUGAUGUCCCCCGGGGAGACGGCGUCGGAGAGCACGAGUGUUACGUCGCCCGAGCAGCUCUCGCGCACGACGUCUCCGACCUCGAGCCGCAGUCGGCCGCAGUCGAUCGGCGCUGCACCCGUGCCUGCCGCUGUACCUGCGUCGUCACCAUCGCCUCCGCAGGCGAGCACCGCUGUCCUCUGCGUCGUGGCCUCUACGCCGCGGCACGUGUGCCGCAACACCAUCCGGCGGCUCCUCGACGACCUGUACAAGAUCCAUGACGAGCGGCAGACAGCCAAGCGCAAGGAGUGGGACGCGUUCGUGCGGCAGCGGAGCAAGGCCAAGUCGUCGACCAAGUCGGGCCUGUUCUCUUCUUCAAACGCGACCUUCUCCGCAACACAGGGCGGAGGGGGCGUCACGAAGGCCGCGGCGACGCGGCUGCUGGGCCUCGGCACGGCGCUCGACGAGGACGAGCUGUCGCACAGCGAGGGGCUCAUUGGGUUCGCGCAGCUCGGGCUGUCGGCGAACCGCGACGAGCGGAGGGAGUUUGAUCGGUUGGUGAGAGGGGGGAUUCCGCUCGUGUAUAGGAGUAAGUUGUGGAUGGAGUGUAGUGGCGGGCUGGAUAUGCGCGAGCCGGGGCUGUUUGGCGAUUUGCUUGCGCAGAAGGACGGGGGCGAACCGGGUGAAGGGGAGUCGGUGUUGCAUGAGAUUGAGAAGGAUGUGGGGAGGACGAUGCCGUUGAAUAUCUUCUUUGGGGGCGAUGGGGCCGGGGUGGAUAAGUUGAGGAGGGUGUUGAUUGGGUAUAGCCGGCGUAACCCGGCCGUGGGUUACUGUCAGGGCAUGAACCUCGUCACCUCAACAUUGCUGCUCGUGCACGCGGACGAGGAAGAGGCGUUUUGGGUCCUCACGGCCAUUGUCGAGCAUAUCCUACCCGAGGAUUUCUUCUCGCCGUCGCUCCUCCCCUCGCGCGCGUGCCCGCUUGUGCUGCUCGACUAUAUCCGGGAUCUGCUCCCCAAGCUGCACGCGCACCUGGCGAGCCUGGGCGUCGAUCUGCCCGCGAUCUGCUUCUCGUGGUUCUUGUCGCUGUUUACAGAUUGUCUUCCCAUCGAGACGCUGUUCAGGGUAUGGGACGUCUUCCUCGUCGAUGGGCUUGAUGUCCUAUUCCGAGUGGCGUUGGCCAUUCUUCGCAGCAGCGAAGCAGAGCUCUUACAGUGCGAGAGCAUGUCGGCGGCGUACGUCGCACUGGAGAACCUCCCGACACGCCAAUGGCAACCCGACAAGCUGCUUCAGCUUGAGCUCGAUCUUCGCCCGAGCGUCACGCACGCAGACCUCGUCAAGAAGCGCGACGCGCACGUCGCGGACCUGCGCCAGCUCAUGGGAGGCUCAUGAUUAUGGCGUGAUGCAUUCGCAUUUACAUGUCGAUCUUUCUCUCUUUUUGUCAUUGGGCCCUUUUUGCAUUGAUUUAGACUAGAGCGCACGAUGCAGGCACUUAAUUCACCAUUGCUAUUUUUCAUUGUUGGCAAUUGCAGUAUAUAGACACACGCAAC